AUGGCCGGCAUGGAUGAUUUUGUAAGCGACUCAGACAGUGACUACACCAGUUACUGGAGGGAUUGGUUCAUCUCGUCGCGCGGCAACGAAUACUAUUGCGAAAUCGAUGAAGACUACCUGACAGACCGCUUCAACCUGACGGGACUGAACACCGAGGUUCAGUACUACCAAUACGCGCUCGACCUGAUCACGGACGUGUUCGACCUCGACUGCGACGAUGAGAUGCGUGAGACCAUAGAAAAGUCGGCGAGGCAUUUGUAUGGACUUAUUCACGCUCGGUAUAUCGUCACUACGCGCGGCCUGGCAAAGAUGCUGGAGAAGUACAAGAAAUGCGACUUUGGAAAAUGCCCCCGCGUAAUGUGCCAUUCCCACCCCCUCCUCCCGAUGGGCCUCUCGGACGUGGCCAACCAAAAGGCUGUCAAGCUCUACUGCGCCCGUUGCGAGGACAUCUACAACCCCAAAUCAACCCGCCACUCCGCCAUUGACGGGGCCUAUUUUGGGACCUCAUUCCACAACAUCCUCUUCCAGGUCUAUCCCGCUCUGGUGCCCCCCAAGACCACAGAGCGGUACGUUCCCCGCGUCUACGGAUUCAAGGUGCACGCCGCGGCUGCCCUGGUGAGGUGGCAGAACAAGGAGAGGGGGGAGAUGAGGAGGAGGUUGCGGAAGAUGGAGGUGGACAGCGGCUUUGCCAAGGUGGACGGGGAGGACGACGAUGAGGACGAAGAGGAGGAGGACGAAGAGGAGGAGAUGAUGGAGGAUGCUAUGGAUCACAACCCUGCGGCGGUGGUGCAAUACCGGGGUGCUGGAGAGGUCGCUACACUGCAGUGAAUCGAGACUGGAUGAACGUAUGCGUGGGUGGCGAGCCCAGGUGGGGGCACGAUGUGUAGAUGGGUUCUGUGGGUCAGGAAGUGGUGGUGUUUGGUUUACAUUUGAACGGAUCACGCAUUUUUUCUGGUAGUGGUUCUGGGCUUUUUUCUUGGGGCUUUUGAUUCAGCGUUCUUUUUCCAUUUUGGUCUUGAUGGGGUUUUUCCGCUGCAACGCACUGUUGAAGGAGCGGUCACUUGUCACAGCAUUCUAACAACACAAUACCACACGCGCAACACAUAUGGAACUUUUACUGGGCUUUGGUUGGCAGCAUCUACACUCUGGCGUUCACUGUGAGAAAGGGGGCUUGGCUUGCGGAGGGAGGGGGAUGA